AUGUCAGAAAGACAAAAAGAUGGAGAAUAUGGUGUAUUUGUUUCCGAUAUCGCAAGAGGUGUAACAGAUGAACAAUUAAAAGAAGAGUUUUCAAAGAUCGGUGAUGUUUUAGAAGCUGUAGUUGUAAAGAAUAAACAUUCUGGUGAAACUAAAGGUUAUGGUUUUGUUAAAUUUUAUCAUAUGGCCGAUGCUCAACAUGCAAUUGAAACACCAAAUCCACCAUUAUUUAAAGAUGGUAUUACAGGCAAACCACAAAUGGUAAAAGUUACUUUAGCAGAUUCAAAAAAUACUCUUUACAUUGGUCAUAUUCCAAAAGGUUUAACUGAAAAAGAAGUAAGAGCAGAAUUAGAAGAGAUUGGUAUGUGCACACUUAAAUCAUUUGAAUUUGAUGGACCAUCAAAACUUUAUGGAUAUGCACAAUUUAAAGAUCAUGAAACAACAAUUAAAGCAAUUAAAUCAAUUCAAAAAUCUAAGUAUACAGCAUCACUUACACCAAGCAAGAGAUCAAAUGAUGAUGGAAAAUCACCAACAACCAAAGUAUUAUUUGUUAGGGGAAUUAGAAGUCAAGAUGAAGGUGAGUUAUUAAGAAAACAAUUAGGACCAGAACUUAUUGAAAAGAUUGUUGUACCAUUGGAUUCACAAAAAAAGACACCACUAGGUCAUGCUUUCAUCUAUUGUAACUCAACAUCGGACGCAAAGAUCAUCAUGGAUCACAAUCAUGACUUUGAUUUCAUGGGUCAAAAGUUAACAAUUUCAUGGGGUCUUCCAAAACAAAGAAAGAUGAUGGAUGGUUAUUUCGCAGCCAAUACACCAUUGGCCGCUCCACCAUAUGAUUAUCAUUACUACUUUCCAGGUUCCGUACCACAAGACUACUAUUAUACUCCACAAAUUCCAAUCGUUGAUCCAAGACGUUCAGGUUACACUGGUCAAAAUAUGACUGGGGGUCCAGGCGGUAAGUUUGACCAUAAAAAAGAAAUGUAUCACCCUUAUCCAAUGGUUACUCCAACAACUAAUCCUUAUGCUAAAUAUGAUACUUUUGGUUAUCCACCACCACAAGACCGUUAUGGUAAAACUCAAGGUGGUAAACCACAACAGAGUAAAUAUAGAUUUUCUCCAUAUUAA